AUGACAGGCAAGAAAUAUGAAGUAGAAGUGGUGAAGGCGGCGCGAAAGAUGAAGUCAAAUAAAUGGGAAUAUUUCACCAAGUGGUAUGGCUACGCGGAUGAAGAAAAUACCUGGCAAACGGAGCACUCUCUGCAGGGCUGUUGUUCGAGACUACUAGAGAGCUUCUGGAAUCACGUCGGUGAAGAUAACUAUAACUUGGCGUACGUAGGACAGAUCAUCAAGGCCGAUCGCAAGUGGAUAGCGAAAGAACAAAAAUAUUUCCGUGACACCUACCAAAAAUUGACCAUCAGGAUACCGGCCCAUUCCCCUGCUCUGUGUCAGGAGCAGGAACAGGUCCGGUCACUCGUGGAACCAACCUCCAAUCGACGCGGCGACAUACAGACUCCUUCCAACAAUCGGGCCGUGAAUACGCAAGGCAACCUACCAGAAACGCCGAGGGUAUCGAGAGCUUCUGCUACCCGGCCCCCCGAGGCUUUACCUGCUUUCAGCCCCAACGUCGAAGGCGAACAACAUUCCAAAUCUAGAUAUGCUGGCCUAAAGUUCUAUAAAUCUAAUGGUGCAGACUCUAUUUUUCUGGAUGUGCAUGCAUCUCUUUCGACGGAUGUCGGCGAUGCAUUGUCUACCCCUACUGCAGAUGAUACAUAUAGUGUUGAUGAUUCUCAUGCUGUCACUGAAGACGGGAUCGAGGAUGACUUCCUUGCCCAAGCUUUCAGGCUCGACGAAGCUGCCUUGGAGCUAGAGGAUUCUUUCUUCAACAACUUCAACAAUGGCAUUUGGGACGGUGACCUAUUUGUCGAAGUUGGCGGACGAGAAUUAUUCUGCCAAAGUAUCGUUGUUUCACCCAAUGCGUCUGCCAACAACAACGAAUGCAUGCGUACUGCUCUUCAAUCUCUAUCUGACAUUCGUGGGGUAUCCGACCAUGGGAAACGUCACAUUUCCUUUGAUGGCUUCUAUCUAGCGUCAGAUUUGAAGUCGAUUUCGACGUGGAGAACUGAAGGAUUAGUCAAUCCUUCGACUAUUUCUACUCAGGACCGCUUGCAAGAGCUUCAAUGCUGCAUGACGAAAUACUCUUUGGUAUCACUCCUACAGGUUCUAGUUCCCAGCCUUGAGACCCAAUAUCUCCUGUUCUAUCCGCCAUCGUUGAAGGAGCUUUGCAGAAAAUUCCACGUCACCCCCAUUUCCAGUAACGACUCAACAUUGGUGGUGGUCUUGCUCUCGGCAAAAAUACCGGAAUUUGGAAACCUGCAGCGGUUUGACUGUCUCGUAGGCGAGACACUCUUGCCUAGUUCCGAUUGGAGCACAUUCUACUCUCGUGACGCUGUUUCUGUCUUGCAAGUUCCUGAAUGGUUGUUUGCGUUGUUUACGGGCCAUUGUCCUUACGCCAUAUGGUCCGAAGGUGAAAGCCAGCCAAGCCAGCAGUCGCUGCAAACAUCACUGCUGCGAUCAAUCACUCGCAAAUACUCAUUGGCCGCAGAAGUGAAUUGGUGUAGUGAUGGCCUUCACCAGGCCAGAAUCAUCUUUGUUCAUAUCGGAUCUCUACGCAGCUCGCGGGAACCCUUUCUUGCGGCCCGUGCCAGCGAAGCAAUGAUUGUGCAAUACGGAUCCGACGAGACUGUUCAUUGCGACAAUUGGGGCAUAAAAAGAUUGUACCACUCGGGUGGCCUUGUUACAUUUACAGCAACCGCUCUGCUUGAUCACCCACUACAUAUAUUCAACCUUCUAGAGGGCGUAGAACGUCGUUUAGAGUGGGCGGCUUAUAUUAUACCAGCGGUAUUGGAAAGGGCAAUCAAGAUACACUACAAGGAUAUAAAGCAAGCCCUUUUGGCAUAUGACAGGGGUGAAUUUGUGUUUGAGCGUAUUCUCAAAGCUAUACAGGAGGGUACAUUGAUGUUCGCGUCAGUAUCGUCACCGCCAGAUGAUCAUCCUCCGGUGGAUUUGAGAGAUUGGAACUUUCUUUCUCUAGGACCGUGUACUGCCCGAGAAAUUCUCGAAUACUGUGUUGUGGGCGACGAGAGAGAAUAUGUUGAUGUCGAAAAGACGACAUUUCUAAAAAAAUAUGUUAUUCCUGAUCUCGAAGGCAUGGCGACCCAGCCGGGCAUCGCAGACAAGUAUCAGCGCUAUGUUGUCCUGACAUCGCAAAGCGAAAAACAUGAAACUUCCACGGUCGAAUGUAUCUCGAUAACGAAGUUUGGCUUCAAAGAUGCUCCCUGUACAGUUAUCGAGCGGUCACUAACCCAAACUAUCACUAGUUUGUAAUAUGCCCAGGAGUUUGAUCUAAACUCGUAGAGGUUUUGUAUGACUUGAUGAACGCAAUUUCCGAAUGGAGGUGUAACGAAGUCGAAUUUGUAUAUACUGUACACAAC